AUGGAUACCGGCGGGCCAAAUAUAAAAUAUUUGACUGAUCAAAACAAUACAGCACAAUUAGCAGAACAAUUCAAUGAUUUUUAUUCAUCCAUAACGUCACCCAAAAUAAGCCAAGUUGGAAACUACAGAAUAAUCGAAGAAAUUGGAGGUGGUACAUUUGGGAAAGUGUAUUUAGCAAAGCACGUUCUUUUAGAUGUCGAUGUGGUUUUAAAAUGUGGUCUUAUCGAUGAUCCAAAUAUAGUCAGAGAAAUUUACUAUCAUAAGCAAUUGAAACAUAAAAACAUUGUCAGUGUGUAUGAGGUAAUAAAGACUGAAAAUCAUCUUUGGAUUGCUAUGGAAUUUUGCGAAGGUGGUGAAUUGUAUUAUUUAAUUUAUGAAAAGAAAAGGUUAGCAGUAAAAGAAUGUCAAAAUUUAUUCUUUCAAAUAGUUAUUGGAGUCAAGCAAGUUCAUUCAAUGAACUUGAGUCAUAGAGAUUUAAAAUUAGAAAAUAUUUUACUAGCCGACAGUAGGAAAACUAUCGUUAAAUUAACGGACUUUGGGAUGAUUAGAGAGUAUAACCCGCAAUCAAGAAAAUUUUUAUCAACUAUAUGUGGAACUUCAGUAUAUAUGGCACCAGAACUAAUUAAUGGCCAAAAAUAUUCGGGUUUUGCUAUUGACGUCUGGUCUUUGGGAGUUAUAUUGUACACAAUGUUGUAUGGACAACUACCGUUUGAUGACGAAGAUGAAUUUAAAGUUAAAAUGAAAAUACUUAAUGAUAAUCCUGAUUUUAGUGAUUUAGUUCCCGCUGAAAUUAAUGUAUUGAUUGCCAAAAUGUUGAACAAGGAUGCUAGUCAACGACCUAGUAUUGGUGAAAUUUUAAAUUCGCCGUUUCUAUUGGAUAUGUAUAACAAGCAUUUAGAAAGAACUCAGCGAAGAACACAUGGCGAUGCGGAAUCCAUAAUUUCCAUCAAUCAGCAUUACAAUUGUGUUAGCAAACCUUUCAGUACCAGGAUUGAAAGAGAGUUGGUUCGAAAAUUGCAGAAAUUAGAUAUUAAUAUUGAAGAACUACAAGCAAGUAUCUACAAUAAUGAAAUGAAUUCAUUAACUGCUUUCUAUGAGCUAUUGCUAACGCAAGAAUUCAACAAGAAGAAAAAGCGAUAUAUACGAGAAAAGAAAAGAAAAUAUAAUGAAGCUAGAAGCUCACUAAGAAAGUCCAGAAAAAGAGUCAAGAGUGCUCUUUCAUUAUCCGAUCAAUCGAUUGGUUCUCAACCAUUGGAAAGAAUAAUUUCUUCAUUAAGUUUAGCAUCCAAUAGAAAUUCUAGCAAGACAAAUUUGGCGAGAAUGUCGACGUAUUCCAAAAAAUCAGGGGAGCAACAAUCGCUGCCAAAAUCUCCUCCAAUGAAACGAUUCAAUACCGACCAGUCUAAUCAUUUAAACUCAGCUGCGGAGUCUCAACGAGACCUGGCAAUAUCACCAACAACCACUAAAAUAGAUGCUCCUUUACAUCGAACAGUUUCAUUUGUUCCAGACGAGAGAAGAUUGUCUAAUGUAUCUUCACAAAUAGAAUCAUUAAAAAAGCUGAAUAAAAGUAAUAAAAUUUUUAACAAACUACAAUUUUGGAAGAAAAAUAAGCUUGAGGAUGAGCAAGACAAAGAGAAUGAUAUGAUUUUAUAUCCUGGUUCGGGUGAGAAAACCGAUAUUGAUAUCGAAACUGGAGAUGAAGGUUUGGAACUUGAUGUAAAACCAAGUCCAGAGCGACUUAACCAUAUCCAAAAUCAAAAUAUUUCAGAUAAAAAUGUCAAUGGUCCAAAAAUUAUGGUGGAAGAGCCUCUUUUAGAGCCCAAGCUGGAAAAUUCUUUCGUUGGUAAUGCUUUGACGAUUUCAAAUUCUUUAGAAUCACCAAGAACCCCUCCUUCAGCUGAAGGAAGAGGUUUUGCAAGAACAAGACCAUCUUCAAUGAUAUCACAGUUUAGUCAACUAAGUAGAUUGAGUCAAAUGUCAACAAUGUUGUCGGAGUCAGAAUUGGAUAUUUUAGAUGAAACAGACACGUUGGAUGAUGAUUAUGAAGAAGAUGAGGCAUAUGAAUCAAGUUUGAACAUAUCCCAAGUAGAUGGUAGAUCAAGUGCUUCAAGUAGAGCUCCAAUGAAAAAAAGACCAAGUUAUAGACGAACAUUAUCGUCAGAUUUAUCUAUACAAACCGGAUCAAACAGUGGACCUGUGAAUGUCAAGAAGAAAUUGUCAAUAUCUAAACUACAUAGUAACUCUUCUGGUGAGAGUGGUCAGGACGAAUUGAAAAAAAUGAAUGAUGAAAACAACCCUCUUGGAGCUGCAGAUGAGAAAAAUAGGUUUAGGUUGUUAUCAAACGAUACAAAUACCAAUUCAGCGAAUUUCACAAACGGCAAUAAUAACGCUACUUUACCAUUUCAACGAUCACCUUCUCCUCCCGUUUCAUUCAAAUUCAACCAUAAAGCCUUAGUCAAAGAACAAAAAUCGGGAAAGAAGAUAGUUUCGCCAACUUUUUUUCAAGGUAAGUCCAACACCUUACCUAAAAGCUAUCAAGAUACUAAGCAAGUAAAUGAUUGGAUCAAUAAUUCACAAAAAAAUGGUGGAGGUGUUAGUGCUUAUUCUAAUAAGGCUAUGUUCAGCUCCGUGAUUAAUGAAGAAGAGGAAGGUGAGGAACUAUAA